AUGCGAGCGGGCGUGUUCCUUGUCUUGUUCGUUGCUUACAUUCAGAAAGCCCGCUGCAGCUGCAAUGCCUCGUGCACUGGAAAUAAUUGCACUGCUGGGGUCGAUUUGAAAGAGGAGUGCGUAUCUCAUUGCGACAGUUAUGCCUGUAAAGCUCUCUGCCACGGUGACAUGUGCUCGAGUUCGUGCACCGGCUGGUUUUGUGAGGCAUUUUGCGAGGGCAAAGGCUGCAGUUCUUUUUGCAGCGGAAUUGCCUGCAAAGCUCUCUCCAAUGGAAAUGGAUGUCAUAUGAAUACAAUG